CUUGUUCCUGAUACUAGCCGACUCCCUAAUCCUGAUAGUACCCCUUGGUCUUUGUGCAAGCCGCAUAAUCACACUGAUUCGACGAGGGUUUAGCGGCUUACCAUCAUGGGCUUCCUCGGCGCGCAGGUCCCAUUUCGGACAAUACAAUCUCAGUCACUGGAAACUGGGAAAUUACCAAGUAGGCAAGCGAUGAGAAGAGUACGCAAACGCCUUCUAUCAAGUAUUAGUCAAACAAUGUACAAGGCCACUGUCCUAGUUUUGGAUCGACCCUAUAGUAAUCGUCCCCUAGCUGGGGUGGGUGUGGCUAGGGGAUGUUUAGGCCCCUAUAGAGCAAACAAGUGUUUUUUAUCUCAUAGUCGAGACGCUCUCUUUCCUUCUUUCGUCUCUUCUUUCUUCUCAUCACCAUCUGUCCAUUCGACAAGAAACGGCAUAAUAGCCAGCCGUAGCAAACAUUUUGUUUGCGUCCUUUCGUUGAGUAGUUCGGCAACCACAUUCAUUACGGCCUCGGCCACUUACGAUCUUUACGAAUAAUACAAUCCCUUAAUCAACCCUCAAGAUGGUGAAGAAUUCAGUCUUAAUGGCCGCGCUUUCAGCGUCGUCUGCCAUUGCACUUUCUGCUACCACUUACACGCCAGACUACAAACUCAAUGCCUACUGGGGACAAUCCGGACCUUGGACCGACUUCCUCGGCGACCACUGCGAAUCUGAUAGCGUUGACUUCGUCACACUCGCUUUCGUAAACGUCUCACCCGAAAAUGGAAACGGCACUAACUACCCAGGCACCAACUUCGCCUCUCACUGUGCGGCAGAGGUCUACGUGAAUAAUGAUCGAACGUCCUCACUUCUCAGCUCGUGCUCUUAUAUCAAGGAUGAUAUCAAGACAUGCCAGCGUCUUGGUAAGAAGGUGUUAUUAUCAGUCGGAGGUGUAUUUUCUGAGACGAGCAACUAUACGGUCUCCUCCGUCCAGAAUGGUAUUGACUUCGCGGACUUCCUCUACGAGGCCUUUGGCCCCUUCAAGGAGGGAUACACCGGUCCACGACCCUUUGACACGAGCUCCACGGACCACACCACCAUUGAUGGUUUUGACUUUGAUAUUGAGUACAAAUUUGAUGACCAAGAGCCAUACGUUCACAUGGUGAACCACCUUCGCGAACUCAUCACUAACGAUAGCGAGGAUAUAAUCCUCUCAGCUGCCCCUCAAUGCCCGCAGACUUCCAAGUACUUCCAGAUGGAGACCAUCCUUCAGGAGGCCAAAUUUGACAAGAUCUGGAUCCAGUUUUACAACAACCCAUCCUGCGAGGCAACUACCACGGGGUUCAACUAUGAUGAUUGGGAGACCUUCAUCAAUGGCGGAGUCAACGACGAUGCCGAACUUUUCAUCGGUCUUCCCGGAAGCCUUGAAGCUGUUGGUGUUUUAGGCACUGGUUACAUUACCCCUGACGCGGCCAAGGAACUUAUCUGCACGUAUAAAAAUAAGGAGCAUUUUGGCGGUGCUAUGUUAUGGGAUGCUUACUACGCCUCCGAGAACACCGACAUAGAGAAUAUAUCAUACCUCGAAACCGUUGCCGAGGCUUUGAAAUGCGGUGGCUGUUCUGCUGACGUUUGCGCUCCUCCGCCGACAUCAUCCAGCUCGACUAUUAGCGCCACAUCUACCUCUAGCAUUUCCUCUAGCACCACAUCUUCAUCUAGCUCUGCCACGAUCACUAGCAGCAGCACCAGCUCUUCCGCAUCCACCAGUUCCUCCGCAUCCUCCAGCAGCAGCACUGCUUCCAGCUCUGCUACUACUGCAAGCAGCACCGAAAGCACUGUCUCUAGCUCAAGCACCGUGAGCACUACGGCUACUUCUAGCUCUGUCUCAACUACCAGCAGCGCUUCUAUCUCGAGUAGCACCUCCGCUUCUAGCUCUGCUGCCACCACGAGCAGUGAUUCGACUUCCAGCUCCUCUUCAAGUACCGAGAGCGCCUCUUCGUCCUCUAGCAGCACCGCCUCAAGCUCUGUUUCUACGACCAGCAGCUCUUCCUCCACUGGCACCGAGUAUACUUCAAGCUCUACCUCGAGCACGGCUAGCAGUGUUUCUACUUCAAGCAUUGCAACUACGACAAGCAGUGCCUCAACCUCAAGCUCUGUUGAUUCUUCAAGCAGCCUGUCCUCGACUACAUCUUCUUUCGUUGCUACUUCCAGCACUGCUUCCGCCAGUGUCUCCAGCAGUGUCUCCAGCUCAAGCGUUUCUGCUACCACAAGCUCGGCAUCCUCAAGCUCUGCUAGCUCGUCAAGCAGCUCGUCUUCCGCUUCGUCUUCCGCCGCUACUUCCAGUAGCUCCUCGGAUAGCAGCUCAUCCAGUUCUUACACUGCCACAUCCAGCUCUAGCGUUUCAGCAAGUGCAACAGAGUCCUCUUCCAGCUCGCUGAUCACAAGCAGCAGCACUGUUUCGUCCGCUAGCACCACCUCCAGUGCCUCGUACAGCGCCUCGACUACCUCUUCUGAUGACGAUGAUGACUGCACUACUGACGAGAGCUCAAGCUCAUUUACUGAGUCGGCCACUCUCAGUGUCUCGGCAACUACCACCGGAUCGCAGAGUGUUUCUCAAACUCUCUCAUCCAGCAGCUUUGCCACGGCGACAGCUUCUUCCAGCAUUCUGUCUUACACUAACAGCAGCUCCACUGCCAUUCCCACGUCUAGUGGAUACGCAACCGCGACGACUGCCUCCAGUGCUUCUCUGACAAGCACCACCUCCUCUGCUGUACAGUACACGACCAGCACCAUCAAGACCACUACCGUCUACACCGUGACGUCUUGCGCCCCUACCGUAACCAACUGCCCGGCUAAAGGAUCCGUCGUCACCGAAACGGUCGAUCUAUACACGACCGUAUGCCCUGUUACCGCGACUCAGAAGCCGACCACUGCCUUUACCUCGGCCCCCACCACGAUCCCGACCACCGUCCCCUUGUCUACCAGCACUGUCUACAGCACCGUCGUUGCCACCAUCACCAAGUGCCCGGCAUACGUAGAGAACUGCCCCGCCAAGGUUACCACCCAGACUAUCUCAGUCUCCACCGUCCUCGUCCCUAUCACGACCAAGGCCUCAGAGACCAAGCCUACCACUACUACCGCAGCUCCAUCUGCUGCCAAAUACCCCGUCGGCAGCGCGCCCGAAUCCUCGUCCUCAAAGCCCUUCCAGGCAGCCGGCGUUCCUAGCAACUACCCGGUCGCUGGAUCCGGAAGCAGCCCCAGCGCUAGCUCAGCUGUUGUCCCUGCCUCCUCAAGCAGCUCGUUCGCUACCAGCACCUUAGCUAUCGCCGUGUACCCCACGGGCAAGGCCAGCAACAGCACCCUCCCCGCGUACAGCGCCAGCGCCGCUACCGGAUACCCGAUUGUCCCGACGACAACGAGCUCGAAGGUCGGAUACACGGCUGCGACUGUGUACCCUACUGCGUCGGCAGUGGUCACGGCCGGAUCGGCGAAGACUGCUUCGUUGAGUCUGGGCUUGUUGGCUGUUGUUGCGUUUAUGUUGUAAACGGGAAGGAUAUAGGAGUGGAGAGUUCGUGGGGUGGAAUAGAUAUGGAGGUAUAUAUCUAUAUGUAAAUGCCUAAAUCAGAGGUAUAUAUUUAUUAGAAGAAUAUACUGAAUGGAAGUUGAUAUAUCAAAACGCAAAAUACCGCGUACCUUGUAUGAG